AUGAUAAAUAAGAGAGAAGAGAAGAAAGGGGUGAGUGUCAAUAGACCGAUCAAGAGAAGGAAGAGAGGGUGUGAAUGUCAAUCGAUUGAUCGGCGAGAAGCGAGAAAGAAAUUAAAGCCUAAUUGCUGUGGUGAUAAAUCCGGUGUAGCUAUACCUGGAAUUACGAGGAGUCUAUUAUACCUAGCCAUUCCUAAAUCUCUGGGCCAUGCGAUGAAGACCCUUUGUAGUGACAAGUGGAGAGCCAGAUAUAACCACGCGCGGAAAAUAGUGGAGGAUUCCGAGGAUGCAUAG